GAAAAACCAACCGAGCUCCUUGGAGGGCUCUGCAAGGCUUGGGAAGUUUGGGGAGGCUGAAGGGUGGAUGCUCCAGGCUGUACCUCUUGAGCGGGCGCCGGCUCCUCUCCAGGCCGCCUUGCCGAUGCGCUGCGGCUGUCGCAUCUCGUGAGACCCCCAGAGCCCUUUGCCCGCAAGGUGCCGAGAAGAUGAAGGAGGAAAGCAUGUGCCCGGACUCCCCCGAAGGCAGCCUGGUCACCAGCGAGGAGGAAGGCGAGCGGCUGCACAAGAAAUGCCUCCGCAAGCGUGGCCAGGGGGGCAAGCCGGCGGAGGAUUGCGGUGCGCCCUCGCCGCAGGGCAAGCGGAGCAAGCGCAGCCCCGUCCCGCAGUCCUUCGAGGACGUGCACACGCAGCGCGUGAUCGCCAACGUGCGGGAACGCCAGCGGACCCAGUCGCUCAACGACGCCUUCGCGGAGCUGCGGAAGAUCAUCCCGACGUUGCCCUCCGACAAGCUGAGCAAGAUCCAAACCCUCAAGCUGGCCGCCCGCUACAUAGACUUCUUGUACCAGGUCCUGCAGAGCGAUGAGCUGGACCACAAGAUCACCAGCUGCAACUACCUGGCCCACGAGAGGCUCAGCUACGCCUUCUCCGUCUGGAGGAUGGAAGGGGCUUGGUCCAUGUCCGCAUCCCACUGAGCCGGGGUCUUACGCCUCCGCCUCGAUGGAAGCAAGCAGCAGCCUGCCAGCGCCCGGGCACCCAGACGCAGCCACCCCGCUCUCCUCCAGCACCCGAAAAACGACAGCAGCCUCCCCCGGCGAGCAGGAGAGCACGAACCCCAUCACACCCCACCAGCCCCCCCUCGCCCCCGGGGCUGCUCUGACCUUUCCAAAACCCAGGGCUGGGGUAGAAGGACCCAAACCAGGACCUGGGUGGUUUUGCUUGGAAUGAGCUUGGUUGGAUGCUGCGUAUGAAACUCUUUAGGGUGUAAUUUAUUUUUGACUCGCAGGUAAGAAAUAGUCGAGUUAUCUACUCCGGUCCUAGCCGCCUGCUUGCCGAGCCUGCAGGGAAGCCGAUGCUCGGCUCGGUCCUCCCCGCUUUGCCCCCCCCGAUGCCCCCACAGCCAGGAUGAGCAGGCAGCUGCCUUCUGCCAGGACCAGGCAGGACAAGUCCUCUCGGGACGAUGGGACGGGGCUCGAGCCCUCCCUCGCUGGCCUGGUCCUCGCUGCGUCCUGGAGGCGUCCCCGGGGAUAUGAAAAAUGAGGCAUCCAAGGGUUUGGCCAAGGACCGAGCACGGCUCGUGGGUUACGUCCACUUUUAUCCUGCUCGGAAGGUCUGCACCGUAGUGACACCGUGGUUUGAACGGCUGCCGGGGACGCGGAGUGGAUUUUGGGGGGGCUGCUGAGCCCCGAGGCUCGCGACACCCUCCACUCACUCGUAUUCCAUGGACGUGUCUCAAAAUCACUCGGUCUGUUGGAAAAACAUGAUUUCUUUGAAAUUACUGGAAAAUAAGGCUGGAGACGUUACACACAGCCCUUCCCUCUUCCCCGUGAGGACGGGGGAGUUUGGGGACUUCUUGGGAGCGGUGCCGCUUCGGGGGGAUUCAGGCUUUUUCGGGGGCGAGAUCGAAUUGGGUGAUGCGGAGAUGCUGGGGGGGGGUGAGAGAGGGGCAUCGGGGUUUCCGGACAAUCCCAAUAAAGUCCAAGGGGAGUUUUCCAAAGUUCAAUCCUUUUGUUUCCUAAGGAAAUGGUGCUGUUGUAAGCACGAGGCGGCGCGACCGCGCACCCACCCCUGCACCCUCUGUCAGCGCUGGUGCUCGGCCAGUUUUAUUUAAAUUGGGCAAAAGAGAAUCAGGUAUUUUUUGCUUGCAAUAGCAGAGAAAGAGGGGGGAAAGGCGCUGUAAGUGAGGCUGCAACAGGCGCGCAACUCAAUCCACGUGGGAGAGAAGUGUUACGAAUGACUCAAAGCAGAGUUUCAAUUAGUGAUCACGCUUUAUUACACACCAGAGAAUCCAACGAGAAGCGACAGCAAGGCUCAG